CCAUAGCGAACACAAUCAUCGGAAACGCUCGAGACCAGAAUGACGAAUCUUAAAUGUUGCGUGAGAAUUCCAUGCAUGCCAGUCAGUAGGAUAGUUCAUGCAUGACACACCGCCGUAACUUGGUAGUUUCUAUCGAUUGGUAAAUCCCAAAUGUGCCAUGGAAACUUUUAUCUUCAAGUGAGGCCUGUUGAUACAGGUUUGUUUAGUUGCCUGGUAGUUUAUAGCGUGGAUUACAAUGCAUUCAAGUUACGGAUCCAUGAUGGACCUGGGCUCGGAUUACGUGAAAAUUAAAGCGCACUACAGCGGGGACAUGCUAAUCACGGACUUGGCUGCCACAGUAACCUACAUGGGACUAUGUGAGGAGGUGAGGGUGAUGUGCAGCCUGGCCCGGGAGCAGCCAAUCACUCUCAAGUGGAUCGACGAUGAGGGAGACCCAUGUACCAUCUCCUCUCAGAUGGAACUGCAGGAGGCCUUCCGGAUCUACAGCCGCAACAGGAACUCAGGACUCCUGCUGCACGUCUUCCCCAGUAUCCCAGUGAAGCCAGGUAUGCCAUGUCCAGGAGAAGACCAAUCGAUCUACCGCCGCGGGGCCAGAAGAUGGAGGAAGCUCUACCGAGUCAACGGACACCUCUUCCAGGCCAAGCGCUUUAACAGGAAAGCGUACUGUGGCCACUGCAGUGAAAGGAUAUGGGGGCUGGGGAGGCAGGGCUACAAGUGUAUCAACUGCAAACUGCUGGUCCAUAAGCGCUGUCACACACUUGUCCCUCUGACCUGCCAAAGGCAUAUGGAGCCAGUCAUGCCAUCACAGGAGCCCCCUUUAGAUGAGAAGAGUGAAGAGGUGGACCUCCUCCCUCAAGACACAGAGGAUACAGAUGGAAUACCUUUCCUACCACACAAUUGCAAGAUGGAUAAAGUUGAAGAGGACUCCGAGGAUAUCAAAGCGGUGAUAGAUGGGAUCGAAGGCAUCAAGAUCUCCCAGGGGCUGGCGCUGGGCUUGGGGGACUUCGACCUGAUCCGGGUGAUCGGCCGUGGCAGCUACGCCAAGGUGCUGCUGGUGCGACUCAAGAAGAACGAACAGAUAUACGCCAUGAAGGUGGUCAAGAAGGAACUGGUGCAUGACGACGAGGACAUUGACUGGGUGCAGACAGAGAAGCACGUGUUUGAGCAGGCGUCCACCAAUCCGUUCUUAGUGGGCCUUCACUCUUGCUUUCAGACAGAGAGCCGGUUAUUUCUCGUGAUCGAGUACGUCAACGGAGGGGAUCUGAUGUUUCAUAUGCAACGGCAACGGAAACUACCAGAAGAACACGCAAGAUUCUAUGCUGCUGAAAUUUGUAUCGCUCUCAAUUUCCUGCAUGAAAAGGGAAUCCUCUACCGAGAUUUGAAACUGGACAAUGUUCUCUUGGAUCACGAGGGACACAUCAAGCUGACAGAUUACGGGAUGUGCAAGGAGGGCAUAAGACCAGGAGACACCACCAGUACAUUCUGUGGAACCCCCAACUACAUAGCCCCUGAGAUCCUCAGAGGGGAAGACUACGGGUUCAGUGUUGACUGGUGGGCGUUAGGUGUGCUCAUGUUUGAGAUGAUGGCCGGGAGGUCCCCUUUCGACAUCAUCACCGACAAUCCUGACAUGAACACAGAGGAGUACCUCUUCCAAGUUAUUCUCGAAAAGCCCAUUCGCAUCCCAAGGUCUCUGUCGGUGAAGGCCGCCAGCGUGCUGAAGGGCUUUUUAAACAAGGACCCCAAAGAGCGGCUGGGUUGCCAGGUCCAAACGGGCUUCUCUGACAUCAAGUCGCACACGUUUUUCCGCAGUAUAGACUGGGACCAGCUGGAGAAGAAACAGAUGGCCCCGCCCUUCAAGCCCCAGAUCGCAGACGACUAUGGCCUGGAGAACUUUGACACCCAGUUCACUAACGAACCAGUGCAGCUAACACCAGACGAUGAGGACGUCAUCAAGAGAAUAGACCAGUCCGAGUUUGAGGGAUUUGAAUACAUCAACCCUCUGCUGCUAUCCGCAGAGGAGUCUGUAUGAGGGAGAAGAGACCUCUUCUCCCACCUGUGUCUGUCCAGCCCCCCUCUCAGCCAAAUCUAUGAACAACUCCCUCUGGGAUGUAGGGAGGACCAGAAACUCCCGGCUUUGCACGAGGUUCGAGGACAUGGGGGCGAAAAUGAUACUUUUGUUUCUUUGUGGAUCCCCAAUAAUGCAUUGCAUUAUUUUGUCACCUGGGAAAAACUCUUUGGAGGUGGUCAACAUAAAAAAAGGACACAGGAACAUUCCCAAAACCUGGUUGUUGAUUGUCUUCACGUUUUUUGUUCGUUUCCCCAAAAACUCCAUCUCUGUGUCAGCAGCACGGCUGGCUAUGUCAUUUCAAAAACAGAAAGCGACUUCAUUCUGUGCCUGCCAUCGUAAAACAGAUUUGACAGUCCCGCCCCUCGCAUCCCUGGAUGGAAUAUGACAGUUCUACGACUAGAACUUGAAGUUAUGUGCACUUUGUUUUGUUAAUUCAUUUUUUUUGUUUUUUUACUUGUAGGAGGCUCCGCUGCCUCGAGCAAAAUAAGAAUGUACAAUGACGAAGGAAAAAAUGAUGAUACAAGUUAUUGUGUAUUAUAAUGUAGGUAGCAACUCCAAAUUGAUGAUGCCUUUCUAUUGAUGCAAAGUGGCACGUUUUAUUCAUGACCAUGAACUUUCUUUUUGUUCGUUUUCCUCGGCAUUGAUUUUCAUUAACAGAAAAAAAAACUGAGACAAAAGUUUAUUUUUUAUUUAAGAAGUGCCUCAAAGAUCCAAUCUACACCAUGUUUCUGAUUGCACUUAUCGAUUGUUCCAUUUCCUUUCAGCUGCCUGGUGGGUUGGUCAAGAAAGACAGUGGAACACAUCGCGCAUACAGACCAAGGGCCUCAUUUCUAAAGGGUUUUUGUGCACAGAUUUUAUUGUAAAUUGCGCAUACACGUAAAUGUUAAUUAUGCCAAUGUUUUAAGAGUUAAAUCUUUAACGACUUUGAGCUUGACAAGAAAAUAUGCAGUAGGAAGCAUUUUUGUAGAUCAUCCAAUACCCUGAUAGCACAAAGAGGCAAACUAUCAUCUGUCGGUCAACAGAAUUUUGAAGGAUAGUGCAUGGUCCUCAGCACUGAAGUAUGGGCAACUGGAAGUCUCUAUACUUCAAACUUGAGAAGUCUGUUGCCAUAGUCCUUUACCAUUCACAGCGCAUAUAAAAAUGUAGUUGAUCACCAUAGAUGCUGAGUGAAAGCUGUUUAAUGGGGAGAUAUUUUUAAAGAACCACUGAACACGCUGUUUGGCACGUGUGUUUUUCUGUUGCUCGUUAGAAAACGAGAAUUCAGUCUUGGCGGUGUGUUUCCUGACCGAUUCUGCAUUUGGGGAAUGUUUAUCCCCAUGAGACACUGUAGCCUAGUUCCCGUCCUCAAAAUCCCCAGAAUUAGUCCAAGAUAACUAAAGAAAUCUGUAAUUAAUGUUGAUGUUUGUGAAGAGGAUGUUUUAGUGCAACUUUACAUCCAUUUUACAUUUGGGGCAGUAUUUCUGAGGUAAAACAAAUGUGCGACAUGUUGUCUUAAAUUAACAAAGUCGGGCUGCUGGGCAGAUCUGUCACAUUGCUUAUGCUAUUGGAUAGAGAUAAAUCACCGCAGCUGUUCACCCCAUGUUAGUGGGCAAAUCGACAUUGUCAAAUCAAAACCUUACCUUCAUUUACGUGUUGUGACGCAAACUCCGUUUUAGACAAGACUGACUUUAUGACCAAAAUUAUCCCAUUUACAUGAGUCAAUUUUGACACUAGAAUAACUGUUUCUGACUCAUAUCGGUGCCACAUAGGCCAUUUUCAAAGGGAUUCGUUGCUUUUUAAAGGCAGUCGCUCUUUAAAUUGUGCAUACUAAAACUUUGAGAAUUGAUUGAAUGCUUAAAUUUAGUAUAGCAACUGAUUUUAUAAAUGAGGCCCAAUGUCUUAGGUAAUCCAAAUGGUUAAAUCUUGAAAAAGGAAUGAACGUUAUGGAGCACAGUAGCCAGCCAUGGUUCUGAUGAAAACAUGGUUACCAUUCUGUUGAAAUACCAACCUGGUCUGAGAGCAUUUUGUAUGUAAAUCUGAGAAUCCGUUUAGUAUAUGUUACAUUUUGUAUGGUACAGUUGAAGUCGGAAGUUUACAUACACUUAGAUUAGAGUCAUUAAAACACGUUUUUCAACCACUCCACAAAAUUAUUUCUUGUUAGCAAACUAUAGUUUUGGCAAGUCGGUUAGGACAUCUACUUUGUGCAUGACACAAGUAAUUUUUCCAACAAUUGUUUACGGACAGAUUAUUUCACUUAAUCACAAUUCCCAUGGGUCAGAAAUUUACAUACACUAAGUUGACUGUGCCUUUCAUGGCUUUAGAAGCUUCUGAUAGGCUAAUUGACAUAAUUUGAUUCAAUUGGAGAUGUACCUGUGGAUAUAUUUCAAGGCCUACCUUCAAACUCAGUGUCUCUUUGCUUGACAUCAUAGGAAAAUCAAAAGAAAUCAGCUAAGACCUCAGAAAAAACAUUGUAGACCUCCAUAAGUCUGGUUAAUCCUUGGGAGCAAUUUCCAAACGCCUGAAGGUACCACGUUGAUCUGUACAAACAAUAGUAAGCAAGUAUAAACACCAUGGGACCAAGCAGACGUCAUACCGCUCAGGAAGGAGACACGUUCUGUCUCCUAGAGAUGAACGUACUUUGGUGUGAAAAGUGCAAAUCAAUCCCAAAACAACAGCAAAGGACCUUGUGAAGAUGCUGGAGGAAACAGGUACAAAAGUAUAUAUAUCCACAGUAAAACGAGUCCUAUAUAUCGACAUAACCUGAAAGGCCGCUCAGCAAGGAAGAAGCCACUGCUCCAAAACCGACAUAAAAAAGCCAGGCUAUGGUUUGCAAUUGCACAUGGGGACAAAGAUUGUACUUUUUGGAGAAAUGUCCUCUGGUCUGAUGAAACAAAAAUAGAACUGUUUGGCCAUAAUGACCAUUGUCAUGUUUGGAGGAAAAAGAGGGAGGCUUGCAAGCCGAAGAACACCAUCCCAACCGUGAAGCACGGGGGUGACAGCAUCAUGUUGUGGGGGUGCUUUGCUGCAGGAGGGACUGGUGCACUUCACAAAAUAGAUGGCAUCAUGAGGAAAGAAAAUUAUGUGGAUAUAUUGAAGCAACAUCUCAAGACAUUAGUCAGGAAGUUAAAGCUUAGUCGCAAAUAGGUCUUCCAAAUGAACAAUGACCCCAAACAUACUUCCAAAGUUGGGGCAAAAUGGCUUAAGGACAACAAAGUCAAGGUAUUGGAGUGGCCAUUACAAAGCCCUGACCUCAAUCCUAUAGAAAAUGUGUGGGUAGAACUGAAAAAGCGGUGUGCAAGCAAGGAGGCCUACAAACCUGAGUUAAACCAGCUCUGUCAGGAGGAAUGGGCCAAAAUCCACCCAAUUUAUUGUGGGAAGCUUGUGGAAGGCUACCCGAAAUGUUUGACCCAAGUUAAAUAAUUUAAAGGCAAUGCUACCAAAUACUAAUUGAGUGUAUGUAAGCUGCUGACCCACUGGGAACGUGAUGAAAGCUGAAAUAAAUCAUUCUCUCUACUAUUAGUCUGACAUUUCACAUUCUUAAAAUAAAGUGGUGAUCCUAACUGACUUAUUAAUACAGGUAAUUCUCUACUAGGAUUAAAUGUCAGGAGUUUAAAUGUAUUUGGCUAAGGUGUAUGUAAACUUCUGACUUCAACUGUAUGUAUUCAUUUGUGGCUCUCCAUCACCCAUUUCUAUUCGUUACCAAUUUGCAAAAUGUACAAUAUGUUACGAUUUCUAGGUAGGUGGCAUUAGUUAGUUAGCUAGGCUAGGGGUUAAGGUUAAAGUGUUAGGGAAAGGGUUCGCUAACAUGCUAAGUUGUUGCAAAGUAGUCUGUUAUGAGAUUCAAACUCGCAACCUUUGGGUUGCUAGUCGUUCGCGUUACCCUUCCACCCCGACCAACCACAUUUCGGUAUAGCCUUAAGUAACCAUCUGUCUUAUAUAACCAAAUGUAACAUAUCAUACUAAAUGGAGUGUAUUGGAUUUACAUACAGAAUAAUAUGAAAUGCUCUGAGACCAGGUUGGAAAUACAGUAUAGAGCUACAUCACGCCUGAAUGAUCGGAUCUUUUAAGUUAUUGUCUACAUAUACUAGUGCACAAUGUGACAAACCGUGUUGGAUGUCUGUAACUGGCAGGCUGGUGAUUUGGAAUUUGCACCAGCAGAAGGCUACACUGAUUCUAAUAGUUCAGUUCAGGACUGGACAUGGUGGUGGGGGAAGACAUUGUCAAAGUGUACAUGCUGACCUGCGCUACAACUGACCUGGGGUUAGUGAAUAGGCAGAGCUCUACUGUCUCUGAGGGUUUUAGGAAUGUUUCCUACACAUACACCGAGAGAUACAGAUCAUGUUGUGUGUACAUAUGUACAUCCUUAAGGGAAGACAUUUAUCAGGAAAGUCUAAUAUCAUCCAUACUAGACCCUUGAAGUGCAUAAAGAAGAGAUAACUUACUUCCCAUAUCAAAUAAGGAACCAGUACUAUCUUAAGUUGAGAGAUCUAAUGAAGUCCACAAUGCAUUGCCAUCAAUUAAUAAUUCAACACAUUCAGUGCAAAGAUAACCGAAAUAACAAUUUGCCUCUUAAGUCCCCAGCGAAAAUGAGCUUUGAGAUUAGAACGUUUGUGUUUCCUAGAGAAAUGAAAAAGGCCUUUUUGGAUGGGAAUUAUUUGAUGAAAUCUGACCCGCAUUAAUUUGAUAACGGAGUAAUAAGAUUAAUUAGAUAAUCCCAAGUUAAAGGGCUUCAAUUAGCUGGCAGGCCAAUAUGUGGGUGAAAAGAAGGAUGGAGGGAAACUGAGGGAGACAGAGAGAGAUAAUGAAGCUGUGGCAUAUUCACUGAUUAGUCGCAAACUCGAAAGCACACACACACUUUUCAAGGACCAAGAUUCUCUUCAUCCAUGUAAAGGGAGGUUAAACUUUUUCAAAGCCAUCUCACUUUCGACAGCACAUCAGUGUCACCAUUUUUUGUUUUAUUUAUGAACUGUGUUUUAUGUUGAACUCACAGGAAUACAUUCACUUGACAUUGUCUCUUGGGGGACCAACGGAUGAACUGAACCGGUACUUCUUGAAAAUGUUCCUAACGCUACAGCAACGGCCAUUAAAACCAGAAAAAGGGUUCAUUUCAAUUGUAUUUCCUUGAUUCCUCGCCUCCUCUCCUUCUAAAAAUGCAUUGGAGCAGAAGAUCGGAAGUUCCUCCCAAUACAAUUGAGAUUCACUCAGAGUAUCUGUAAAAAAAUAAAAAAAAACUUAGUCCAUGAUUUGUGUUCUAACAUGUUUGCUGGUUGGAUGUGCUUAAUUCUGCUUUAACUCAUCUCUGUAAAUAUCUGUAAUUAUUAAAAACAAAAAUGGUUUCCCGUGAACUGA